AUGCAAAGACAGAGGAAGAUCACUAAUAUGGGGGUGAAAUCUGGAAAACAAGGAGAAAACAAUGUUUCCACGCCUGCCGCUGCUAACAGUGAAGGAGUAAUGGCGGACCCCACGCCACCACCUGUUCUUGCGCCAGUACAGCCGGUCCAGCCUCUGGACGUUGAUAGUCUGGUGGAAAGGAUCACCGCAGAGGUAUUGAAAGCUUUGGAGGCCUCAUUGGAUAAAAAAAUGGACCCUGUCCUACUAAAAUUGCAAACGUGCACGUCUGACAUUGCCUCGCUAGACACAAGAGUCUCCGGUGCAGAGCAGCGCAUAUCCGCGCAGGAAGACGUGACUGAGAGCCAUGAUGCUAAACUUUCUGAGAUGGAGCUGAAACUGGAGGCCGCACUUGAGAAGAUUGAUGAUUUGGAAAAUAGGGGCAGGCGCUGUAAUCUUAGGAUUGUUGGCCUUGAAGAAGGCAGCGAGGGUACAAACCCAGUGUCCUUUUUUAAGUCAUGGCUGCCUGCGCUUGUCGGUGAGAGUGAUAAUUUCAAAGGAGGCGUUGUUAAGAUUGACCGCUGCCACCGCGCUCUCACCCGUCGUCCUCCCGCAGGACAAAGACCACGAGCGGUCAUCAUGAAGCUCCACAACUUCCAAGAUAAGGUCCGGAUCAUGCAAGCGGCCCGGAGGCUGAAGACCCUGAGUUACAAAGGUGCCUCCGUGAUGAUAUUUGAGGAUUUCUCUGCCGCUGUGGUGAAAAAGCGACAAGAAUGUACCGCAGUCAAGCGACGAUGCAGAGAGCAGGGUAUUGUAUUUGCUAUGCUGUAUCCAGCUGUUUUGAGAAUCAGACAUCGCGGGGAGGAAAAGCUCUUCAGGCACCCGGCGGAUGCAACCGGCUUUCUGGACGGGCUGAUCGGUGUGAGGAUGCCAUCACCAGCCUCUUCUUAA